AUGGCUCCAUUCUCGUCGUCAUGGGUUCAGGAGCGCCAUUUUCCCGAUCUCCUUAUCCCCAUCUCAAUAGACCGAGCUUUUUCGGUCCUCCCUGAAGGGCCGAUCCAAGCUCAGGAUGGAGAUACCCUAUAUCUCUCGAAUCUUGACGACAUAAUCGGAGCUCGGGUUUUCACCCCUACUGUUUACUUCUAUACUGCAACGAGGAGUUCUUUCGACGAUGUCGUGGAUAUUUUAAAAGAUGCCCUUGGGAAGGUUCUGGUCCCCUACUACCCGUUUUCGGGUAGGUUGAGGGGGACCAACAAUGGAAAGUUGGAAGUAUUUUUUGGGCCUAAUCAAGGUGCACUUAUGGUUCAGGCCCAUACUGAACUAUCAUUGGACCGGUUGGGUGAUCUGACUGUUCCAAACCCAGCCUGGUCCAAUUUAGUUUACAAGUUUCCGAAUGAGGGGAACUAUAAGGUUAUUGACAUGCCUUUGCUAAUAGCCCAGGUUACUAGGUUUAGUUGUGGUGGGUUUAGCCUUGGGUUAAGGAUUUGCCAUUGUAUUUGUGAUGGGCUUGGGGCUAUGCAGUUUCUUGGGGCUUGGGCCUCGACCGCGAAAACGGGUUCGUUGGUGGUGGAUCCGAACCCUUGUUGGGAUCGGGAGAUUUUUGUGCCUCGUGAUCCUCCGAUGGUUAAGUACCCUCAUGUUGAGUUUAUGAAGAUCGAUGACGGGUCAAACCUGACUAUCAGUCUCUGGGAAGUGAAACCGCUUCAAAAGUGUUACUGGCUGAGCCGAGAGUUCCAAGCCCAUUUGAAGAGUGUUGCUCGACCCAUGGAUAGCCUCGGGUGCACCACAUUUGACGCAAUGGCUGCUCACGUCUGGCGGUCAUGGGUCAAAGCGCUCAACGUGAAGCCACUAGACUUCGGGUUACGUCUGACCUUUUCGGUCAACGCUCGUUCCAAACUCAAAAACCCGCCUCUGAAAGACGGGUUUUACGGGAACGUGGUUUGUGUAGCCUGUGCCACUUGCACAGUGUCCAACCUCAUAAACGGGUCGCUCCAAGAUGUGACCCGUUUGGUCCGUGAAGCCCGUUUAGGGGUGUCAGAAGAGUAUUUAAGAUCGACAAUAGAUUUUGUCGAGGUGGAUCGGCCCAAUAAGCUCGAAUUUGGAGGGAAGUUAACAAUCACCCAAUGGACCCGGUUUUCAAUGUACGAGUCGUCGGAUUUCGGGUGGGGUCGGGCCAUUUACGUGGGCCCGAUCGACUUGACUCCAACACCUCAAGUGUGUGUUCUCCUUCCUGAAGGGGUGGCUGAUUCUAGUGGUGCCAUGGUGGUGUGCAUUUGCUUGCCUGAGGCUGCUGCCCAUAGAUUCAAAGAGUUAUUGUGCUUGAUGGAUACAUAG